AGAGAGAGAGCGAGAGGGGAGGGGGAGAGGGGAGGGGGAGAGAGGAGGAGGAGGAGGAGGAGGUAGUUUGCGGCAUGGGCCAAAGUGCGCUAUCAGCUGCUGAAGGCUGGUCAGAGGAGCGGUGCGGGGACACCGGAUAGAGGGGGAGAGUGAGAGAGAGUGAGAGAGAGAGGGAGAGAGAGAGAGAGAGAGAGAGAGAGAGAGAGAGAGAGAGAGAGAGAGAGAGAAAGGGUGGCGAGCGAAGCGGUGGACGGACACUCUCUCGUCGUAGUUGACGGUGUCGGUGGUACAGAUGGGCGCGACUCUCAGCUGAUCCAGCAGCAACCAGCGGUCACCCCGAUGCUGCCCGAAACCCGCCGACCACAGUUGGAGAACCCACAUCUUGCGGAUGACACUUGGCUAUAAGUAAGUUGAAUUACCACAGAGCUUCCCUCAUUUCUCUUCCUCUAUUUGGUUAAUUUGAACGCCUGUUUGUUUUUUUUUAAACAUUUCCACGGCCUUCAUGUCACUGAGUGACUCAUGUAGGAAGUAAAUGUCCCCAUUUGUCACUCUAUAGCAGAGUAUCGUCCCGCACAAACUUCUACAGCCCCUCUCACUGUCGGGCUUCAUAAUCAUCAUCAUCAUCAUCAUCGUUAUUUACAUUGUUUCAGAAGCUAUCAUUGGCACUGUGCAUAACUUUAGCACCACCCUAUGGCAGCAUUUAUUGAGCAGAAAAUAGAGCAUUAUGGGGUGUGCCUUAACUGUAACCUAGUUACAGCUGUGCAGUGUGUGUGUGUGUGUGUGUGUCUACACCUCAGUCAUAUGUUUGCUUUGGUCAGAGCCAGUGAAUAGCAGGCAUUCAGACCUCUGCAUGGCCGUUGGUCAGAGCAUAAACUGCACUGUUUAUAACUUGUUUUCCCCGCAGGCCUGCAGGUGUCUUCUCCUCUCUCAUGCAGACUGCAGACUGGUUUCUUUAGGCGAGAUUAUAAUGAGCCAAGUCACAAAUUAUAAUAAAUGAGGGUAUGCAAGUGUUGCGCUAAUGCUACAGAGCUGCAGGAGUCCAAGACAAAAGCACAAAGGAAAGUUGGGGUGUGCCAGCACAUUUUCAUAUCUCAUUUGAGGGCUUUUUUAGCCCCUGCUCUUUCUCAGCCGGAGCUGUGAGAGUCGACAGGGGGUCGUCGAAAGGAAAUUCUCCCCGAGGUUGCAGGCUCUUUAGGGGAUUGAUUCUGUGGCCUUUCAGUCACAGCAGCCACCUGACAGCCAUUAUGCACGGUUUGCUCGCAAGAAAAGUGGGAGAAAAAAGCCUAAUGCACUACCUGCACAUGGAAGUGUGAGAAUCCAUAGAGCUCAUCUCCAUAGCUCUUGUAUCAACCUCCCCAUCUCUCUCUCUCUCCUGCGCCUCUCUUCCUGCCACAGUGUUUGCUAGAUGUCUAUCUUCAAGGCAAUCCAAAUACCAAAGUGGGGAAAGGGAAAUGGAAGGAGGGGUUUCAAUGCAAAUCCUGACCUGCAGUGGAACACAACAAAUGUGUUAAACAAAUUGACCGCGAAAUGGCCUCCAAGCUGCCAUUAACUUAUAGUAGUGUGUUACUUUCAUUUAGAAAUGUCUGGGACCUGCACCUCAAAGGUCACUGUGUUGUUUUUGUAACAAGUCAAACUGUUGCAUUGAAUCACAUCCAGCAAUACAUUUAUUGGCAUGUAUUUUUGUUCUAAUUAGUCUGUAACGUGAUCAAAAGAAGUUCAGUCUGUUCACGUUAUCUACUUCUCAAAGUUUAAAAGUGUGUCCACUAGGAUGAGCUGAUUCAUACAGCACCUUUCAACAACAAGGCGAUUCAAAGUGCUUUACAUAGGACACAAAAACACAUUCAGCAUAUAAGCUAGAGAUAAACGUUUGAACACAAUAUUGCACAGAACGAGAUCUGUGGAUUUCAUUUCCACCAUCACUGGCAUUGAGAGGGAUCUCUUUAUUGUCACAGUCAACAAGAGGUAUGAUUAUAGCAAGUGAAACCGGUUUUGAUGUUCAUUCGGGCACCUGAUUGUUGGUUUAAGACAGACCUAUCCCUGAAGACGAGAUAUAAAACAGACAACGGGUGAUAUAAGAAGACAUAAAUAGCACUCAGGAAGAGUCAAAUAAAAUAGAAGAUUAUAAUUAGCUGUGAUGUAAUAGUUACAGGUAUGGAGUGCUAUAAAAACAGAAGCUCUCCAUGUUUAGAUUUUGACCUGACGGCUCAUAAUGUACAGUAGCAGCAGAUCACACAUGUUUUCUGGUACUACCUAAACUAUUCAGUGAGUUACAGACAAAUAGCAGUCAUUUUAAAUUCAUUAUUUUAAAGCAAGGAAGCCAGUGCUCUCCUGUUCUUAGUGAGUUAUUUAUAAUAAUAAAGUCUCAAAACACCUCUUUUCUGAUGUCCUCUCUGUCCGUUGCAGCUGGCACCAUGCUCCCCCGUAGCAUGCACACGAGAACAGGUGGUUAUGACCUGCCGGGGGCGGAGUCAAGGGACGUGCCUCUCAUUGGCUACCGGCCCUUACAGCCUGACACCCCGAGCAGCCAAUCACGGAGGGGGAGCGCCGGUGACGAAUUGGAAACUUCACAGGCAGAGCCCUCACCAAUGAAGACCACCUGGUACUGUCCUCUAGAACUGUCCACUGUGGUGGAGGAACAGGAUGAUGGAGUGAUCUACACAGUGGUGGUCAAACAGCAGCAUGGUGCCCCCAGUAGUCCGAUGUCGACGGUUUCUCGCUCCCAGUGUGUGAAAGCAGGGACGGAGGAGAAGCUGGUGCUCCACCUCCUCCACUCCUUUUCUCUAGGAGACUCCUCCUUCAUCACCAUCUUCCUCUACACCUAUCGAUCCUUCACCUCCACGGGCAGAGUGCUGGACAUCCUCACUGACAGAUUGGAGAAUCCGCCUGGUGACAACGAGAGGAGCCAUAUGAGACAAUCUUUCAACAGAGCGGUGUGUAUGGUGUUCAGCACAUGGCUCUCUGAGUAUCCUGAAGACUUUAAGAGUUUGGAGGAGCCCUCACGCCUGCUGCGCCUGGUUCCCCUGCUCCCCCAGGACUCCUCGUCCGCAGCCGACCUCCGCGCUCACCUCCUCCGGAUAGCCGAGGAGCUCAGCGAGAAAGCCCUGCUCCCCGACGCCCAUAAAGAUAAGACCGGUUUCACCGGCCCUCCUCCGGACGCCUCCAAGUUUGAACCCACCAGCAUCCUUGGAUUCCCUGCAGCGAUCAUCGCUGAGCAGCUCACCAAAAUAGAGACAGAGCUGUUUGUCCGUCUCGUCCCGUACCACUGCCUCGGCUCACUGUGGUCUCAGAGGGACAAGAAAGGGAGGGAGGGCGUUUGUUGGUCCGUCCGGGCCACCAUACAUCAGUUCAACAAGCUGGCCAAUGCAGUGUUAGCGUCCUGCCUUUGCCCCACCAAUCUGCGCAGCCAGCAGAGAGCCCGACUGCUGGAGAAAUGGAUCAGCGUGGCAGAGGAGUGCCGUGCCAGGAAAAACUUCUCCUCGCUGUAUGCCAUCGUGUCUGCCCUGCAGAGUAAUCCCAUCCACCGGCUGAGGAAGACGUGGCAGGACACUGACAGGGAGGCAGUGAGGAGAUACGAGGAUCUGUCAGAAAUAUUCUCAGACAAGGACAACUACUCACAAAGCAGAGAACUCCUUAAGGAGGAGGGCACGUCAAAGUUCGCCAACCUUGACAACAACAAACUUCUUAACAGGUCCAACGCGCAGGGCACUGUGCCCUACCUGGGCAUUUUCCUCACAGACCUCACCAUGCUGGACACGGCGGUCAAAGACAGGCUGGAUAACGGCUACAUCAACUUUGACAAAAGGAGAAGGGAAUUUGAGGUUUUAGCUCAAAUCCGUCUCCUGCAGUCUUCCUGCAAAAACUGUGUUUUCACCGCCGACCAAGCCUUCAUACAGUGGUAUCAGAGUGUACCGACGCUAACAGAGGAGGAAAGUUACAGACUGUCCAAUGAAAUUGAAGCGCCUGGUGAGCCGAGCCCCCGUGGCCUUACUCCAACAGUCAUUAUCACACAGUGCCGAGACCUGAGUAGCUCUCGGACCAGCCUGACUGGUGACAGUGACAGCCUCUUUGACUUCCCCUCCCCUGUCAAUAGUCUGCUCUCAAAACUCACAAAGCACAUGAGAUCUCCGUCUGUGUCCUGUCUGGAUGUCGACACGUCUUCUUCAACCACUGAAUCCACCCCUGCCACGCUGACGCUAUCCACUCCCACAAAAUCGCACCGUCGAUCAGUCUCCUGCGGCAACAACCCCCCCAAUAACAUCCAAGGGUCGGGGCCCGACAUGCGAAUCAUCAGGAUACGGAUGGACCUGCAGGAUGGAAACCUGUACCGAAGCAUACUGGUUACGAGCAAUGACAAGACCCCCACUGUGAUCAGCUCUGCCUUAGAAAAGCACAGUCAGGACCCCAAACAGACGCCCAGAUAUGAGCUGAUCCAACUUCUGGCUGAAGGAAAAGAACUGGUCAUCCCUGCUACAGGAAACGUCUUCUACGCCAUGUCGUCAUCUAGCGUUGACUUCCUGUUGAGGAGGAAAGGCGGGAACACUCCUCUGGGCUCACAUCCGAUCAACACGGAGACGAGCGCCACCUUUCCUCGAAUCAAGGCCAAGGGGAGGAGACUGGUCAGGACACUAUUUUGACCUCCGUUUUUUUCCUCAACCCAACUUUGUCCACAGUGACGGAUUUUCUCUCUUCAGUGAAUGUGGCCUUCCACACAUGCCUACAAAGCUUGUUCUACCAAAACACCAACGCCAGGACCAAGUCUUAAUCGACAACUCCAACAUAUCAUACCUCCGGCUGCUCUGCUGCGUGCACCAGAGCCGUCUACUGCUGAAGAACAGUGUCAGUUUUCCUCUUUUCCAAACAGUAUGCAUUACUAAGUUACACCCAGAGGAAGAGCAAUGGAAGCCUUUAACGGUGUGCUUUUGGUGCUGGCUCUCGAGUCCCAGUCAGGUAGCACUUGAUUUAUUUCCUUUCAUUCUUACUUAAUGAAUAAGGUCUUUUUUUAAUUGCCUACAGCCACCAGGAAAUCCCCUGCUGUUGUGUGUCGUGAGUGACAUUUCUAAAUGUUAAAAAACAGAUUUGAUUGGUCAGAGCUUCUGCGAUCACCUGAGAUGCCGUUGAAGGAUUAAGGAAAGUGUGUUUUUAUGGGGAAGAAGCAUAAUGAAAUGUAAAUAUACAGAGUCGGGUCCUGGUUCUGGAAGGCCCAAAGACACAGUGCAAGUGCAUCACCGUAGCUUGUCAAAUGAGACAUAUAUGUAUAUGUUUUGUAUAUAUUUAUAUAUUUUGUACGUCUGUAUGAUGUCAACAUUGUGUUUACACUGUCGAGGAGCUCUGGGUCCACAUGUCCGAAUUGUCUAAUUCACAAAAGAAAAAAAGUGCAUCAAGUACCUGCAAGAUUUUCACUUUAAAGAGGCCAGCAUGUGUCCACAGACAGUGAGAGUAAUUAUUUCAGCUUUGACUCAUGCAGAUACUCAUUUCAACACUUAAAGCUGCAUUAAUCAAUCUUUUAGUAAUAACAAUUCAUUAAAUUACUAUUCAUAUUGUGAAAGGGGCUGCUUGUAUUGACUAACCUAAAAAAAAAAAAAAGAUCUCUGAAGCUCAAUGGAGGUUUUUUUGGUCUUUUAUAGCAUUGGAAACUUUCUUCAUGGUUCAUUCUCAUAGCUGUUAUCAACCCUGUUUCCAGUAGCAGCUGCUUUUUUUGCCAAAAAAGCUCAGAUAAUCCAGUGUGUGUGCUACAUGAACAACAGCAACCAGCAGACACACAAAGUUAGCGACUAGCUAGUGGAAACUAUUGGAACAUCUAUCUGCUAAAGAGAUAAUUUUAUUUGUUAAAGACCAAAUUAGCCCCAAAAACAGAGCGAUAACGCACUUAUUUUUGUCAGACGGACAGAAACACAACUCCAGAUCAACACUUCCUCUUCAGCUCGUUUGGAGUUCUUCUGACCCCUAGUGGCCAAAAGUUGAUUAUUGCAGCUUUAAAUGAACCCCUUUGCAGCACUUUCAAAGCUCCUGGCUUUGCUUCAGUUUAUCCGCAGUAGCUAAAACAUGAGGUAUGGAAAAUCAAAACAAUACACCACCAUUAUUAGGUGUCAGGUUUUCCAGGUCUGAACAGAGAAUGAGCUAAACUUAAAUCAUGCAGAUUACACAUCUUCCCUGUUUACAUACUUCCAAUUUCAUGGUGUGAAUGAACACGUGUAGGUUUGAAACACACAACCUCUUUCUGUUUUUUGUUUUUUUUAAAUCUGGACUUUGAUAAAAGUCGUGUGACCUCUGGUUGUAUCUGCUCAGUGCUGGUGAGGCCUCCUCGCUGGCUGAGGCACGAGCAUUGGAGGGACCAGGGAGAGGAUUCUGGGUAAUAGAUGACGUGUGCUAGCGUUGUGCUACGCUACCGAAUUGUUUUAGUGCCUUUCUCAAACAGAAUGCACAUCUUCCCUCGUGUUUGCAUUAGAAUGUAUUCAGUAUACAUGGAGGACACGCAGUCACCUCCUGUGCUGCGUAGUGUGACAUCAAAGCUAUUUAUGCACUACAUACAGGAUGUCCUAUUUUUGUGGUAAUAAAUUUACUUUUAUAUGAA